AUGCCGUCGUCAAGAGCCUCUUCGGCGUCACCCACCAAGCUUGGCCACAUGGCUUCGUCGCAGCGCUCCAACAAUACCGGAUCGGUUUCGCCCACCAAACCGUCGUCGGCAAGCGCAUCGCGUGCCGGUACACCGUCGCUCUCGUCGAUCGGCUCAGGAACAGAUACACACGUCCGCGCGAUUCCAGCUGGAUGCCACCAUCUCAGCUCACUGCUCAAAUUGGACGCUGCUUGCAGCUCUACGUCUUUUACAAAAAUCAAAUCCGAACAUGGCGACGAGACAAGACGUGACAGUUUCGACACACUUUCCGAUACAACAAGGUCGUACUUGAAGCGGUACAUUGCUGGACUGCGAUGGGGAGGACAGAUUCGGAGCGGGCAUGUGAAGAUGAUGGACGACGACGAAAAGCAAGCCGAACUCGCCAAAUGGAAUCAAGAGGUGGCCGAGGCGAAAAAGUUGGGCCACCAAGUCAAGAAGCGGAGAAAACUCGACUAUCCUCAAUGUCACACAUGUCACGCUGACAUGCUACGACCUUUCAUCUGCCUGGAAUGUGCAUUUACCGGCUGUUUCUCGUCCCCUGUACACGACGAUCGCACCAAGCCGACACGCACUUCAUCCGAUAGCCAUAUAAUUCAGCACCUGCAAGCCAAAAAGCAUACGCUUGCGUUCGAUCUCUUGUAUGGCCACAUCUACUGUGCCAGUUGCAAAGACUUUGUUCACGACGCGUUGCUCGAAUCGAUCCAACGACACGAGACUCGCCGCGUCAAUGCCAACGUGAUCGGCCAACAAUUCGGUCCGAGAAAGACAACACUCGAAUCGCUCUUCCCCCCUUCGGCUUCAGAUGCAGCAGCAGCAAUGGCCACAUUCUACUCGACCGACACAUCCAGCGUCACCUGCCGAGUACCCAGGGGACUCCGCAAUAUGGGCGCAACGUGCUAUAUGAAUGUCAUCAUUCAGGCCUUCCUGCACAACCCGCUACUUCGCAAUUACUUUUUAUCCGAUCGACACAAUGCUUCGCUUUGCAAUGGAGCCAAGACGUGCCUGGCUUGCGAGAUGGACAAGAUUUUUUCCGAGUUCUACUCGUCCGAUCCAGGUGCACUGGCUGCUGGCCUCGGAACGGGAACGGGUACGACUGGUCCUGGCGCUUCAGCAACCACAGUUGCAGAUGCGAUGGUACGAGCUGCAAGCCAGAACGGCACCAAUAUCCCAGCAGCAAAGGGACCACAUGGACCCAUUUCGUUUCUGUACUGUGUCUGGGUAGAUCAGGCGAGCAGCGAGCUCGGUCAGGCGGGUCAGCACGAUGCACACGAACUGUUUAUUUCAGCACUCAACUCGAUCCACACUGCACUCACCAGUCGGGCACCGGAACGAUCGUCGCUUCCAUGGUUUGCAUACGAACAUUCGGACGCGCUGAAUCUGCUGUUUGACCACUACGAAGGCAGUAGCGGUUCGGGGAAUCAGUCCGAGGAGGAGGGAAUGGGUGGCAACGGCGGUACGCCGAUGGGGCUGGGUGCUCGAGGCAAUGGAGGCGUGGCUGGAUGCCCCUGCGUGGUGCAUAGGACGUUUGCUGGCCAACUGCAGUCCGACGUUACGUGUCAAAGGUGUGGAAAGGUCAAUACGACAAGAGAUCCGAUGCUUGACCUCAGCCUGGACGUGCGACCCGAAUCGAUGCGGCGCAAAGACGCCAACAGUGUGAAUGCAAUCGGCAACAACACAAAGACCAAGCUGUUGAAUGGCAAGCCAGCCGCAGUACAUGGCAAUGGAGCAAUAGAAGUGCAAGAGGAGCAGCAUCUCACCAUCUGCUUGCAACGAUACUGCUCCGAGGAAAAGUUGGGCAACAACGACUACUCGUGUACGGGCUGCGGUGGAAGUGCGUCCGCAACAAAGCAGUUGAGCUUGUAUCGAUUACCUCCGGUAUUGUGCAUCCAGCUCAAGAGGUUCGAACACACGUCGUCGGCUGCCAAGAUCGACACCAAGGUGCGAUUCCCGCUCGUGUUGGACGUACGCCAGUUCUCGACCGCCGAGAUACGCGCCCCUGUGGACGAGCUGAACCAUGGCGACAGUGCAACAUCGAACAAGCAUACCACGUUGCUCGCCAACCCUGAUCCAGAAGCGUACCUGUAUGACUUGUUCACCGUGGUGGUGCACGAAGGAUCGAUGAACACGGGACACUAUACCAACUUUUCUAAAUGGAGAGGCAGCUGGUACCGCUUCGAUGACGAUAAGGUGCAUGCUACGAGCGAGGCGCAGGUUUUGCAGGCGAGAGCGUACCAGCUGUGUUACAAGAGGAGGCUGUUGAAGAACAUCAUCAGUUCGAAUGCUCACUCGAGCACAUAG